AUGUUGUCACAUAUAUUUCACUAAACCUAAUUCGAGGGUUCCGUCUUCUAAAAAACUGUAUCAAGUUUUUCUCCCGUCAUGGAUUCCGAUGAUGACAUGCUCGAUGCCUACGACGAUGUGGAAUCGGGGGAAUACGAUACCUCCAGCGACCGUGAUGAUGAUGAUGAUGAACACGGCCACGGUGAAAACGAAACCGAUUGCGGGUAUCUUGUGGAAGACGACGAUUCUUCUACUUCUACACGUUGCUCUCAGGUUAAUUACGUCGUACUCAAGGAAGAAGAUAUCCGGAAGCGACAGGAGGACGACAUCAAACAAGUCUCUACGGUCUUCUCCAUAACCAACGUCGAAGCGAGCGUCCUGCUUCUUCACUACCGUUGGAACGUUAGUAAACUCAACGACGAAUGGUUUGCGGAUGAGGAGAAAGUUCGUAGAACUGUUGGCGUAUUGGAAGGAGGAUCCCUUGUUGUUGCUGUUGACAAUCCUCGAAAAGUUAAAUGCGGAAUAUGCUUCGAUAAAUUUCGUCGUAUCAAGAUCGUACCCGUUGUGUGUGGUCAUAGUUUCUGUUCUACGUGCUGGAACGGUUACGUCAGCACAGCCAUCAACGAUGGUUCGGGAUGUUUGAUGCGAAAGUGUCCCGAGCCGUCUUGUCACGUUGCUGUCGGUCGUGACGUGGUGGAGAAGGUGGUUUCUUCGGAGGAGGAGAGGGACAAGUACGAUAGGUAUUUUCUUAGGUCUUAUAUCGAAGAGAGCAGGAAGAUGAAGUGGUGUCCCGCUCCGGGAUGCGAGCACGCGGUUGAGUUUUCAGCCACGGGGAUGAGUGCUAGCUACGACGUUUCGUGCUCGUGCUCGCAUAGGUUCUGCUGGAACUGCAAAGAAGAUGCUCACAGUCCCGUGGACUGCGGCACGGUUUCGAAGUGGAUACUCAAGAACAGCGCGGAAGCGGAGAAUACCACGUGGAUACUUGCUAAUUCGAAGGCUUGUCCGAAAUGCAAGCGGCCGAUCGAGAAGAACCACGGGUGCAUGCACAUGACGUGCGGAUCGCCUUGCAAGCAUCAGUUUUGUUGGCUUUGCCUUGGCGCGUGGACAGAACACGGGGGCAGCACCGGAGGGUUUUAUUCGUGCAACAAGUACGAGAAGGCUAAGAAAGGAGGACUGUACGACGAGGCUGAAAAGAAGCGAGAGAUGGCGAAGAGCUCGCUGGAGAGGUACACUCAUUACUAUGAACGUUGGGCGAGCAAUGAAAAGUCGAGGAAGAAAGCUUUUGGAGAUCUGCAGGUGUUCUUAUCGGAGAAGAUUGCGAAGCUUAGUGAGGUUCAGUGCAUACCAGAAACUCAGCUGACGUUCAUCACGGAUGCGUGGGGUCAGAUCAUCGAGUGCAGACGGGUACUGAAGUGGACGUAUGCGUAUGGGUACUAUCUACCUGAAUCUGAACAUGAGAAGCGACGUUUUUUCGAAUAUAUGCAAGGGGAGGCCGAGUCUGGGUUGGAGAGGCUCCACAGAUGCGUUGAGACGGAGUCGGAGGUGUUUCAGGAUGGUGAAGUUCCUUCGGAACAAUACUUUAACGCUUUCCGGCAAAAAUUAAAUACUCUGACCAGCGUGACGAAGACACAUUUCGAAACUCUGGUGAAAGCUCUGGAGAAUGGUCUCUGUGAUGUUAAGUCUCAAGCGGCUUGCAGCAAAGAAACACCGUCUAAGAAAAGGCGGAAGUGAAAGGUAAAGAAAGUUACUUUUAUUAUUCUGCUAGUGCAAUGUCUAUGAACCAAAUUGGAGUCUCGUGUCUGAAAAUACUCUCAAUAUGUCUACACACGUUUGGUGACUUUUUAUUAAUUUUCUUUGAGAAUAAUAUAUAUGAAUUUGUGACAAGUGAUUGAGGCAGCCAAAAAUGUGUAAGAUAGGAUGAGUGUUAGAAUCAUUGAGAAUUUUACAUGUGCGAUACACUUUUUAUUAUUUAUUAGAUAAAGACAAAGUAGAAUUGAAACACAAAGCUGAGUCUCCUCUGAUUAAAGAUCACACACGAUAGAUAUAUUAUCCAAAGAGUCAAAUGAAAUACAUAUAAUUUGUUGUUCUAUGAACAAAUAGAAAAAUUCAAAACAACAAAUAAUACUCUCUUCCCAUAAACAAUUCUCUUAUUUAAAACGCAAG